AUGGCGGACCUCGAGGCUGUACUGGCAGACGUCAGCUACUUGAUGGCUAUGGAGAAGUCGAAAUGUACUCCAGCAGCCCGAGCUAGUAAAAAGAUAGUUCUGCCAGAUCCAAGUGUACGAAGUGUAAUGCACAAGUAUAUGGAAAAGAAGAAUGAAGUAAAUUUUGACAAAAUAUUCAAUCAAGUUUUAGGUUAUUUAUUAUUUAAGGAAUUUUGUGAACAGACGUCAGAUGAACCAGUGCCACAAUUAAAAUUUUAUGAAGAGAUUAAAUUAUACGAAAAGCAAGAAUGUGUAGAAGAGAGGCGGCGAAUUGCGAGGGAUAUUUAUGACAAUUUUAUUAUGAAAGAACUUUUAGCACAUUCACAUGAUUAUUCUAAAGAGUGCGUAGCGCAUGUACAAAAAUAUUUAAUGAAGCUUGAAGUGCCACCAAAUCUAUUUGAGCCCUAUAUUGAGGAAAUCUUCCAACAUCUACGCGGAGAACCGUUCAAAAAUUUCUUAGAAAGUGACAAAUACACGAGAUUUUGUCAAUGGAAGAAUUUAGAAUUAAACAUACAGCUUACAAUGAACGACUUCAGUGUGCAUCGUAUAAUCGGUCGAGGCGGUUUCGGUGAGGUGUACGGGUGUCGGAAGGCGGACACGGGGAAAAUGUACGCGAUGAAGUGUCUCGACAAGAAGCGUAUAAAAAUGAAGCAGGGCGAGACGCUCGCGCUGAACGAGAGGAUUAUGCUCUCGCUAGUCAGCACUGGGGUGGAUUGUCCAUUCAUCGUAUGCAUGACCUAUGCAUUUCACACACCAGAUAAACUGUGCUUCAUUUUGGAUUUGAUGAAUGGAGGGGAUCUGCACUAUCAUUUGUCCCAGCAUGGCGUUUUCAACGAGGCCGAAAUGAAGUUCUAUGCUGCUGAAGUCAUAUUAGGUUUAGAACACAUGCACAAACGACAUAUAGUGUACAGAGACCUGAAGCCAGCGAACAUUCUGCUGGAUGAACACGGACACGUCAGAAUAUCAGAUCUCGGACUCGCCUGUGACUUCUCUAAAAAGAAGCCUCACGCCAGUGUAGGUACCCAUGGCUACAUGGCCCCUGAAGUUCUAUCUAAGGGUACCGGCUACGAUUCCUCGGCCGACUGGUUCAGUUUCGGUUGUAUGCUCUACAAGCUGCUCAAGGGACACUCGCCGUUCCGCCAACACAAGACCAAGGAUAAACACGAAAUCGAUAGGAUGACGCUUACUACGAAUGUUGAACUACCGGAGUCGUUCAGUCCUAGCCUGAAGAGUUUACUCGAGGGUCUGCUGCAGAGAGAUAUCAACAAACGAUUAGGCUGCAGGGGACGUGGCGCUGAAGAGGUAAAAGAGCAUGUGUUCUUUGCUGGUAUCGACUGGCAGCAAGUCUAUCACCAGAAAUACACACCACCAUUAAUCCCACCUCGUGGAGAAGUCAAUGCGGCUGACGCAUUUGAUAUCGGCAGUUUUGAUGAAGAGGACACUAAAGGAAUUAAGCUGACGGAAGCAGAUCAGAUGCAAUAUAAAGACUUUCCCUUGGUCAUAUCCGAGCGCUGGCAAAGUGAAGUGGCUGAGACCGUAUUCGAAACUAUCAAUCAAGAGGCUGACAAGACAGAACAGAAAAAGAAAGCCAAGCAGAAACAAAAGUUUGAUGCUGACGAGAAAGAAUCUGACUGCAUACUGCAUGGUUACAUUAAAAAACUUGGUGGACCUUUUGCCAGCGCAUGGCAAACCCGUUAUGCUAAACUAUAUCCGAACCGACUGGAGUUACACUUGGAGAACAGCGCUAAACCUGAAAUGAUAUUGCUGGACAGCGUCGAGGAAGUGUCCUCAGACCUUGUGUCUAUCAAAGGCGAACAGUGCAUUGUGCUCAGAACCAAAAAUGAUACAAAGAUCGUACUCACAAAUACUGACGAGAUCGGUCUGAAGGAGUGGGCGCUGUCGCUGCGCUCGGCGCACAAAUGCUCGCAGGAGCUGCUGGCGUCCAUGGCGCGCAAGGCGGGCAAGAUCUACGGCACGGACGGGGCCAAGGAGGGCGCGCCCGCCCGCCCCGCGCCCCCGCACGCGUCGCCCGCGCCCAACGGGACCAACUAG